AUGGCUACUCCACCGACGUUAGUCUUUAUACCUGGCUCCUGGCACAAACCUACAUGCUACGACGAGGUUACCAAGCUCCUUCAAGGUCAUAAGUUGAAAUGCAUCUCGAUAACUUUGCCUUCGACGACGGGAAAUCCAGCUGCGACCUUCAAAGAUGACCUCGAUGCUGUACGUGAAGCUAUUUUGACCGAGACAAUCAACGGACGGAAUGUCGUAGUUAUUGCGCACUCCUACGGCGGCAUGGUUGGAAACAGUGCCAUCAAGGGUCUCACGCAGCCACGAGACUUCACCGAAAGCCAAAAUCAAGCCCCAACAACGGGUUACGUUAUUGGCCUAAUUCUCAUAGCCUCUGGGUUUACACUGAGUGGACUUGCCUUCAUGGACCCUUUUUUCGGCCACCCCCCUCCUUCCUGGCGGGUCAAUAACGUGACCGGAUAUGCCGAACUUGUCGCUCCUCCACGUGAGCUCUUCUAUCACGACUUGCCAGCAGACGAGGCGGAAUUCUGGGUUUCGCAACUCACUACCCAAAGCCUCAAAUCAUUGUUUGAGGGUGGGGAACACACAUACGCCGGUUGGAAAGAUGUGCCUGUUUGGUAUAUUGGCACCGUCGAGGAUCGGGGUUUGCCGGUGAUUGUACAGCGCAUACAAGUGGGUAUGGCAAGGGAGAUGGGCUGUAGCGUGGAGCAUAGGGAGCUUCACACGAGCCAUUCGCCCUUCCUGAGUCAACCAGAAAUGACAGUCGGGAUUAUACUGGAGGCUGUUGAAACGUUUGCGGGGAAGCUAGGGGGGGGAUGGGUCUACUAG